GCCCAUUAUUAUUCUAACCAUUCAUAAAACGAGAAAUGCGUAACCCGAAAACACAACAUUCUACUAGGGUUUCAACAGAGUAGCACGCGGCAGAGCUUUCCUCCUUCAUUCGCCUCCACUCUACCUUCACCAUGAUCAUAUCCGAGAAAAAUCGCAAAGAGAUCUGCAAGUACCUUUUCCAAGAGGGUGUAUGCUACGCUAAGAAGGAUUUCAAUUUGGCAAAGCAUCCAGAAAUCGAUGUUCCAAAUUUGCAGGUGAUUAAGCUUAUGCAGAGCUUCAAAUCAAGGGAAUAUGUUAGAGAAACCUUUGCUUGGAUGAAUUAUUACUGGUUUCUCACAAAUGAUGGAAUUGAGUUUCUCAGAACUUACUUGAAUCUUCCUUCUGAGAUUGUUCCUGCUACUUUGAAGAAACAAGCUAAGCCACCUGGUAGACCUUUUGGUGGUCCACAGGGUGAUCGUCCUAGGGGUCCACCCAGAUUUGAAGGGGAGAGAAGAUUUGGUGGUGACCGUGAUGGGUACCGUGGAGGUCCUCGUGGUGAAUUUGGAGGAGACAAGGGAGGUGCUCCUGCUGAUUACAGACCCUCAUUUGGGGGUCCUGGUGGAAGGCCUGGAUUUGGUCGUGGAUCUGGUGGUUUUGGGGCUCCUCCAACCAGCUCAGAUGCUUAAAGUAUAAUGAUUUCUACUUUAGUCUUCUGUUUAGCUUUUUUGAGCACAAUUUUCUUGUAGUCGGAGUUGUUUAAUCGACAUGUGACACUACUCUAAAUUUGUUUAUCAUUCAAUGAAGAUUUUGAAUUUCUGAGUGUUUUGUUAA